CAGCCAUCAGAUGUUCUGGAGAUGCUAGAUUUUCACAAUUUGCCCUCAGGGGUAAUGAAAAACCACAGGUUUCUGUGCCACUCGACGAUCUUCCAAAGGGCCGGACGUUGCCUACCGUGUCUCCAAAGAUGCACAACUCAGCAUGCCCACCAAGCAGCUGUACCCUGAGUCUGAUUUUCCUGAGGACUUCUCCAUCUUGACCACUGUGAAAGCCAAGAAAGGCAGCCAGGCCUUCCUGGUCUCCAUUUACAACGAACAGGGCAUCCAGCAGGUGGGGCUGGAGCUGGGCCGCUCCCCUGUCUUCCUCUACGAGGACCACACAGGGAAGCCUGGGCCUGAGGAGUACCCACUCUUCCCUGGCAUCAACUUGUCCGAUGGCAAGUGGCACCGGAUUGCUAUCAGUGUCUACCAGAAAAAUGUCACCUUGAUCCUCGACUGUAAAAAGAAGAUUGUAAAGUUUCUCAACCGCAGUGAACACCCCAUAAUAGAUGUCAAUGGCAUCGUCAUGUUUGGCUCCCGGAUUUUGGAUGAUGAAAUAUUUGAGGGUGACAUCCAACAGUUGCUCUUUGUCUCAGACCACCGGGCUGCCUAUGAUUACUGUGAGCACUACAGCCCCGACUGUGACACUGCGGUCCCUGACACACCUCAGUCACAGGACCCUAACCCAGAUGAAUAUUACCCAGAAGGAGAGGGUGAGACCUAUUACUACGAGUACCCAUAUUAUGAAGACCCUGACGACCUGGGGAAGGAGCCUGCCCCCACGCAGAAGCCAGUGGAAGUCACCAGAGAAACCACAGAAGUUCCUGAGGAACAGACGCAGCCUCCACCAGAACCCCCUACAGUACCUGAGACCAGCGACCCGGCCGGCAAGGAGGACGAUCCAGGCAUCGGGGACUAUGACUACGUGCCUACUGACGACUACUACACUCCCUCCCCAUAUGAAGACUUUGGCUAUAAUGAGGGCGUGGAGAACCCCGACCAGCCCACGAACCCUGACUCAGGGACCGAGGAGAUCCCCACCAGCACCACCGUUACUUCCAACACUUCUAAUCCAGCUCCAUCUCCAGAGGAAGGGAAGGAUGACCUGGACGGUGAGUUCACCGAGGAAACCAUCAAGAAUCUAGAGGAAACUACUAUGACCCGUACUUUGACCCUGACUCCGACUCCAAUGUCUCCCCGUCGGAGAUAGGGCCAGGCAUGCCGGCUAACCAGGACACCAUCUAU